AUGGUGCUGGGUGGGGUGGUUUGGGGCCAAGAUGUGAACUUUUCAUCAGCGGCUGCAGCAGCACCACAAGGUCAAGUGGGUGGUGGUGGGAGGAGAGCAGAAAUGGUGCCUGCCAUGUUUGUGUUUGGAGACUCUUUGAUUGACAAUGGCAACAACAACAACAUCCCAUCAUUUGCCAAGGCUAACUAUUUCCCCUAUGGCAUUGAUUUCAAUGGUGGCCCUACCGGUCGUUUUUCCAAUGGUUACACCAUGGUUGAUGAAAUAGCUGAAUUGCUAGGACUUCCCUUGAUUCCUCCUUUUUCUGAAGCUUCUGGAGACCAAGUGCUUCAUGGAGUCAAUUAUGCAUCUGCAGCAGCUGGAAUCCUUGAUAUCACUGGCAGAAACUUUGUGGGAAGAAUACCUUUUGGUGAACAAAUAAGUAACUUCCAGAGUACCCUUGAUCAGAUUACUGACAAUCUCGGGGCAGAUGACGUGGCCCGGGCAAUUGCAGACUGCAUCUUCUUUGUUGGAAUGGGCAGCAAUGACUACCUAAACAAUUAUCUUAUGCCCAACUAUCCCACAAGAACUCAGUACAAUGCCCCACAAUUUGCUGAUCUUUUGACUCAACAAUACACCCAGCAACUCACUAGACUCUAUAAUCUUGGUGCUCGAAAGUUUGUUGUUGCUGGAUUAGGGAGAAUGGGCUGCAUUCCAAGUAUCUUGGCCCAGAGUCCAAGUGGAAGGUGCAAUGAGGAAGUGAAUCGCCUUGUUCUACCGUUUAAUGCAAAUGUGAAGACAAUGAUCAACAAACUUAACACCAACUUACCAGGCGCAAAGUUCAUUUACGUUGACAUUGCUCGAAUAUUCGAAGACAUCGUCAACAAUGCCAGAUCUUAUGGAUUCACUGUUGCAAAUCGUGGAUGUUGUGGCAUUGGGCGCAACAGAGGCCAAAUUACAUGUCUUCCACUCCAAACACCAUGCCCGAAUCGAGACCAGUACAUAUUCUGGGAUGCUUUCCACCCAACAGCAGCAGCCAACAUCAUAAUUGGGAGGAAAGCUUUCAAUGGGGACCUUAGCCAGGUUUAUCCCAUGAACAUACAGAAGCUUGCCACUCUUAACAUUAAAAGCAGCCCAUAG